UGCUAUUUGUAUUUUAGUUAUCUUUGCAGAUUUCCGUUCCACGUUCAUGAAAGUGAUGCUGAAGUGCCAGGAGAACGGAAAGCAGGUGUUGCUUUAAAAAAAAACUCUCAUUUUUAUUAAUACCCAUCUGAGAUCCUCCUAUGGCUUCUGAUUUCUAAAGUUUUGUGGAGUACAUUUCUAAUCCUCAUAUAUUUUUUCACUUGCUCGCCAUUUUACCCAAUCAUCGCCCUCUCAAUUGUUGCAACUUUGAACUUAUUAAGCAUACAUCAUUUCAGAUCUCAAAAAUCAUAUAUGACACUAUUUCUGCCAAAGACCACAUUUGACUUCAAUAAUAUAAAAAUGCUUUUCCCAAAAGAAUUAGUGACUUAUUUACGAGCUGUAUUACAUCAUAGAUUAGACACGGAAACUAGUAGAACACCAUCUGAUAGUGAACCAAGCUUACAUAGAUCAUCAGAAGAUGAUUAUGGGAGUACUGAAGUAUUGCGAUCAGACCAGCAGCAGCAUGAUACAAGUAUAAGCCAUGGAGUCUAUGAUUUGGAUAUAUCAGAGGUUAUUCCGUUAGAGGAUAGCAGGGAAAGUACACCUGAGAGUGUGCCAGAUGAAAUAAGUGGUUUUGAACCAGUCGAGGAAAUCGGAGUGCAACUUGAAUCCACCAGGCAACGUGAAUCGCAGUUUGAAACUGAAGAAAGAGAUGAAAGAAGAGAAGGAACUGGGUUAAGGUAUGAAAUUCGUAGACUUUUCCCUCAAAGCUUCCUUUUAUUGAGAGAAAAUCGAGAGACAAGAUCUGGAACUGUAUACGGACCACCAAUGCUGGAGGAAUAAAAGGUUGAAUUUUUAUGGUUGGAGAGUGAUUCACAAAUAAAUAAA